GAUCCUCAGUUGUACUUCAAAGCUCACACCGUGAAGAUGCACAACCUACGAGAUCUAGUUAUUACACUGAGCCUGUUCCUAAGUCUGGGCAAUGCCCAGUCUUAUUGCCAGCUUGAUGCGAAUUAUAUAUGGACCAAUCAAAUUUUUGCACAGCGCGUUAGCAACCACUAUGAACUUUUGCCCGCGGAUUGGUUCCUAACAAAUCAGCGUAUAAGUUUGCUGUGCGGUGGAAAUACACCUGUCUUCGAUAGCACUUGCCAGGCAAAUGGCCAAUUCAAUCCCCCACUGCCCAAAUCGAACUGUUCAGUUGAAGUUCCACCGUCUGUUCAGGUCGUAAAUGGAGAUUCUUCGUGCCCUUAUACCAUGUACAAAGUGGGGUUUGUGUUUGGAACUACGUUUUUGGAGAUCUAUCGAAGUUGCUACGAUGCGAAAACAAUGACGGCUGCUUUCUCCAUUCACAAGGUCUACCCCACUAGUUUGGACUCCUACCGAAGGCAUUCUUGGGACCGUGACGGGCUCAUUUCUCCUGCAGAUGAAGCCUUGUUUACCAAAGAGAGUAUCUAUGAAAGGUUUAAAUCCAUUUUCGGAAAUAAGCAGACGUAUAUUCGUUCCAAAACAUCAGAUGCUUUCGACCGAGGCCAUCUGACUCCAUCAGCCGACUAUACGUUUUACAAAAUCUCGGGGCAGACCAAUAAGUACUUAAACGCCAUCGCGCAAUCCUCUAGCAUUAAUCGUGGCAGAUGGCAGAAAGUCGAAAAAUGGGUUCGUGAUUUGUCCAGAAGCAAUAAUGAAGUCCUGAGGGUGUGCACCGGUGGGUUGGGUAUUCUGAAACUGAAGAACAGCAAGCAAAAUCCAACUCCCAUUUACCUAGGACCGGGAAAACUCCCAGUUCCAGAGUGGACUUACAAAAUCAUUACCAUUUCAACCGGACAAAAGGUCGUGAUUUUGAUGACGAACAAUGGAUUCGAAAACAAAUCGUUGAAUCCAUCAUCGAUUUGCACAAUCGUAAACUGUCCGGUUGGGAUUAAUACAGCGGGUAACACCUUCUGCUGCGAUCCCUCCGACUUUAUCAGAAGGAAUGUCCCCAAUUUGAGUCGGUCUUGCUAAGACUCAGAAGGGAUCACUCACAAUUAUCCCAAUAAUCUUUUUAUAUUUAUAUGUAUGGUAUAGUUCUGACAAUACACAGUGUUACGAAAUUGGAUGUUUAUUUUUUGUAAAUAACAAUAAAUAAAAAUAAUAUAA